GUGUUCAUAGCCAACUUCAACCUCAGCCUCUCACCAAGGGUACUCGCACUCUUCCAAUUUCUCUCUCAUCCAUUUUAUUACUAUUUGUGCUGUUUCACUCUGAACAUAUCGAAGACUUGCAGGCGCUCUAUUACAGCCUGUGAGUUCAAAACAUGAACUAACAAGUUUCGUUGUGGGCAAAGUAAGUGGUGAUCCAAUAUGUCAAAAAAUCCAAAAGUUUUCUUUGAUAUUCUAAUUGGAAAGAUGAAAGCUGGGCGAGUAGUAAUGGAGUUGUUUGUUGAUGCAACCCCAAAAACAGCUGAAAACUUCAGGGCCCUCUGCACUGGGGAAAUGGGGAUUGGAAAAUCUGGGAAACCUUUACAUUACAAAGGUUCUGCAUUUCAUCGUAUUAUUCCAGAGUUUAUGUGUCAGGGAGGAGAUUUUACAAAAGGGAAUGGAACAGGGGGUGAGUCAAUCUACGGUUCCAAAUUCAAUGAUGAGAAUUUCAAUUUGAGGCAUACUGGUCCUGGUAUUCUCUCCAUGGCAAAUGCUGGACCCCAUACUAAUGGUUCUCAGUUCUUCAUAUGUACUGCAAAGACACCAUGGCUUGAUGGGAAACAUGUUGUGUUUGGAAAAGUUGUUGAUGGAUACAGCGUUGUGGAGGAGAUGGAGAAAGUGGGUUCAGGAAGUGGCAGGACAUCUGAACCGGUAGUGAUCGAAGAUUGUGGCCAGAUAGUAGAGAAAUGAGUUGAUACAAUGAUGUUUCGUGACAUGUUAUAUAGGAUGUUAAUAUUCAAUGCAAAUUACUAGUAUUAUAAUAAGAUUUGUGUUGUAUUAGGAGUCAACUUUUUCGUAUCCAGUAUUAUUGCAACUCCCAAUUCUUGCAUAUGGUGGUAAGCAACGCGUUGCUUUCUAGUGAAAUAAGUCUGUACUUAAAUCUGCUCUUACGUGGUUCCAACUAAAAGAUGCGUAGCUAUCAGUAGUUGGUAAUGCUAAGAGAAUUUUAGAAGCAAUAGGCUCGUAAUAUCUGUGGAUUGGUAAAUUAGAUUGAACAAGGAAGGAUGAAGCACUACAUUUCAAAUA